CCGGCACCCGUUGCCUUUUAUUUUGCGAAACUGAAGCGACCACAAACCACGCCUUCGUCGUCGUCUCACAGAACAACCUCUCUCUCUUUUUGACUCGAUCGGUGGGUUGUGCUCUGUGUGCUCUAGGGUUUUCCGCCAUGUCCACGCGCGGCGGCGGAGGAGGAGGCCGGCGCGGAGGACGGGGUGAACAAGGAGGAGCCCGUGGAAGCGGGAGCGGCGCUGCCGGUGGUGGCCGAGGGCGCGGCCAGGGCGCCGCUGCAGACCUCGAAGGAUUCCGUAAGGACACGCGCGGCGGGGCUGGGCAUGGCGAUCGUGGCGGCGCCACGACGCCAGGCGCCGCACAGAGAGGCGGCCAUGGCCAGCCCCCGUCCCCGCAUCCGGCUGCCGGGCCUGGGCGUGGCGGCUACUCUGGAGUUCAUCCUCAGCAGGGGCGCGGCCAACAGGUGACAGCGCCGGUGUUGCCCUCGGCGCCGACCCCGGCGGAGGUUGAGGCGGUGAGGCGCCAGGUGGAGAGAAAGGUUGUAGUGGCCGAGGCGCAGGUGGGGCCGCGCCAGGGCUCGUCGUCGUCCUCACAAGCACCGGCGCCGAGACCGGCGAUGCAAGGCAAGGUGCCCGAUCAGUUCGCUCCUGUCGGGAGAGGGAGCCCGUCGUUCCCAGCGCAGUCUCCGUCGUCCUUUCAGGCGCCUGCGGUGCGACCGGCUAUGCAAGGGAAGCCGCCGGGUCAGGUCGCACCGGCAGCGAUCCCAUCGUCGUUCCCAGCGCUGGCGCCAGUUCGGGGCCCUACAACCGGACGACCUGCUAUGCAACAAGGGAAGCCGCCAGGUCAGGUGGUCGCACCGGCAGCGAGCCCAUCGUCGUUCCCAGCGCUGGCGCCGGUGCAGGGGCCUACGCCCGGGCGACCAGCCAUGCAAGGGAAGCCGCCCGGUCAAGUCGCACCGGCAGUGCGCCCAUCGUCGCUCGCAGCGCCGGUUCAGGGCCCUGCGCCCGGGCGACCGGCCAUGCAAGUGAGGCCGCCGGGUCAGAUCGCACCGGCGGCAGCGAGCCCAUCGUCGCUCCCAGCGUCGGCGCCGGUUCAGGGCCCUGUGCCCGCCGGGCGACCGGCCAUGCAAGUGAGGUCGCCAGGUCAGGUCGCACCAGCAGCGACCCUAACGUCACUCCCAGCGCCGGCGCCGCCAGUUCAGGGCCCUGUGCCAGGGCGACCGGCCAUGCAAGUUAGGCCGCCGGCGCCGGGUCAGGUCGUCGCACCGGCAUCGGGACCGCAGAUGCAAGGGAAGGCGCCGGCCGGUCAAGUGGCGCUUUCGACGCCUGCAGGUACGCUGCCUCCGGCUUCGAGCAAGGCGAUGGUGUUCCCCGCGCGGCCGGGGUACGGAACCGUCGGGCGGAGGUGCCAGGUGCGCGCCAAUCACGUCCUUGUACAGCUCGCUGACAAGGAUAUCUACCACUACGAUGUGACAAUCACACCAGAAUCGGUGUCAAGGGCAAGAAAUAGAUGGAUCAUCAACGAGCUCGUUAGCUUGCACAAGAAACACUUGGACGGGCGGCUUCCUGUUUAUGAUGGAAGCAAAAGCCUGUUCACGGCAGGGCCACUGCCAUUCAAAUCCAAAGAGUUUGUGCUCAAUCUGACAAACCCUGAGAGAGCAAGCCAAGGCGAGAGAGAGUACAGGGUGGCAAUCAAGGAUGCUGCAAAAAUUGAUAUGUACAGCCUUAAAAUGUUCUUGGCUGGCAGGAAUCGGGAUCUGCCACAAAACACUAUCCAGGCUCUGGAUAUCGCUUUGAGAGAAUUCCCAACUUCUAGGUAUACAUCGAUCUCAAAAUCGUUUUUCUCACAUGAAGCAUUUGGAAAUGGUGGGCCUCUAGGAAAUGGUGUGGAAUGCUGGAGGGGUUACUACCAGAGCCUACGCCCUACACAGAUGGGGUUGUCCCUUAAUAUAGAUGUUUCUGCAACGUCAUUUUUCAAGGCUCAACCUGUUAUUGACUUCGCAGUGGAUUAUCUGAACCUCCAUGAUACUAAAAGGCGUUUGUCUGAUCAGGAUCGCAUAAAACUGAAGAAAGCACUUAAGGGGGUCCGGGUCGCAACCAAGCAUAGACAUGAUAUAUCCAUGCGCUACAGGAUUACGGGGCUAACCUCGGCUCCAUUAAAUGAUUUGACGUUUGAUCAAGAUGGCACAAGGGUGUCAGUUGUGCAGUACUUCAAACAACAAUAUGACUACUCAUUAAAAUACACUCACUGGCCAUGCCUUCAAGCUGGCAGUGCUAGCAAGCAGAUCUAUUUACCUAUUGAGGUUUGCAGCAUAGUUGAGGGACAACGCUACUCGAGUAAGCUGAAUGAGAAUCAAGUCAGGAAUAUCCUGAAGUUGGCCUGUGAGCGACCGUCAGAGAGGGAGAAUAGAACUCUUCAGGUAUUCAGUAGGAACAACUCCCCUGAUGAUUCUUAUGCAAAAGAAUUUGGCCUUAAGGUGAUGAACCAACUUACGUUGGUUGAUGCUCGAGUGCUCCCAGCUCCAAGGCUUAAAUACCAUGACUCUGGAAGAGAGAAGAUUUGCAACCCAUCCAUUGGACAAUGGAAUAUGAUUAACAAGAGAAUGGUUAAUGGAGGAUCUAUCAAAUAUUGGGCAUGCAUAACUUUCGCCUCUCGUUUGCAUCCAAAUGAUAUUGCAAUGUUUUGUGAGCAUCUUGUUGGCAUGUGCAAUAACAUCGGCAUGCAAAUGAGUACCAGGCCGUGUGCAGAAAUCAAGAAAGCACACCAAGACAAUUUAGAAGCCGAAAUCAGGGGUAUCCAUUUGCGUUCUGCACAAGUGCUUGCUCAACAAGGUCUAACAGAUCAACAACUUGAGUUACUCAUCAUAAUUUUGCCUGAUAUGAGUGGUUUUUACGGAAGGAUAAAACGACUUUGUGAAACUGAGCUUGGUUUAAUCACUCAGUGUUGUGCGCCUAAGAAUGUAAGGAAAGGAGGAAAUCAAUAUCUUGAGAAUCUUUCCUUGAAAAUCAACGUAAAGGUUGGUGGGAGGAACACAGUACUUGAUGAUGCUUUAAACCGGAGAAUACCGCUUCUGACAGAUUGUCCUACAAUAGUCUUUGGAGCUGAUGUUACCCACCCAUCUCCUGGGGAAAGUUCAUCUCCAUCUAUUGCAGCAGUCGUUGCAUCCAUGGACUGGCCACAAGUUACAAAGUACAAAUGCUUGGUAUCUUCACAAGGUCAUAGGGUUGAAAUUAUAAAUGGUCUUUAUACAGAAGUGAGAGAUCCACAGAAAGGGAAUGUCAGAGGUGGAAUGAUUAGAGAUUUGCUUUUGUCGUUCCACAAGUCAACUGGUUACAAGCCUUCGAGGAUUAUAUUCUAUCGUGAUGGUGUUAGUGAGGGGCAGUUCAGCCAAGUCUUGCUUUAUGAAAUGGAUGCAAUUCGGAAGGCAUGUGCAAGUUUACAGGAGGGGUACCAACCAAGAGUCACAUUCGUUGUUGUGCAAAAGCGGCAUCAUACUCGCCUGUUUCCUGAAAAUCAUCGUGCACGAGACCAGACAGACAGGAGUGGAAACAUCCUGCCUGGAACUGUUGUCGAUACGAAGAUCUGCCACCCCAGCGAGUUUGAUUUUUACCUUUGUAGUCAUUCUGGUAUUCAGGGAACAAGCCGCCCAGCUCAUUAUCAUGUUCUUAUGGACGAAAAUGGUUUCAGUGCUGAUGCACUGCAAACCUUGACUUACAAUCUUUGCUACACCUAUGCCCGGUGCACUCGUUCAGUCUCUAUAGUUCCUCCGGCGUACUAUGCACACCUGGGUGCGUUCCGUGCCCGUUACUACAUUGAGGACGAUAAUUCUGAUCAGGGCUCAUCAACGGGUGCAACUCGGACGUUUGAUCCAUCUGUCCCAGUGAAGCAACUCCCCAAGGUCAAGGAGUACGUUCAGCAGUUCAUGUUCUAUUGCUAAAGCUGAUGGAGAGUAGUUCCCGAAAAGAUUGCAUGCAACAUUUUCUGGAUCGUUGUCAUAACUGUAAACUCAACUCUUUUGUCGGUUUCAUUCCAUCAUGCUUAAUUGCUUCUAAACUGAAGCCUUUUGCGAUUCUGAAAUGGACAAAUGGUUAUAUAUGGUUGCUGGACUAAGUUGUUUAGGACAAUAUAUGGGUGUGUUUGGUUGAA